GAGUUGUAUGCUUGUUGUAUGAGUGUGCUCUCUUGUCUGCUGUGGAGUAAGAUGCGUUUAACUUCAUAUUUACGCUGAUUUUAAUUUCUACGUGUCUAAGUGUGGCGAAGACGGAGUAUUGUUGCUUAUUUAUUUGUUUGAUAAGGAGAUUUGAAUCAGUUGCAGAAGUUACCGGCUGAGACCUUGUAUCAGACCUGCACCAUGAGCCGCUACAUCACAAGACUGAGAAUGAAAAGAACCUACAAAUGGAAUGGGAGACCAGUCGGUGAAGACAGGAAGCUGAAAAGACAAUACUACGAGUCCAUGUCCAUUUCUGUGGAGGGAAAGACACAAGAUGCAACUGUGUCUUUAGGCCAGUACAUUUUGAUUGAGGGUGAUGAUGAUGACAAUCCCUUUGUGGCACAACUUCUCAAACUGUACACUGAUGAUUCAGGAAAGAAGAAGACUGCAGUAUUGCAGUGGUUUGUGCGGAUGUGUGAAGUACCUCACAACAAACGCAAGCUCUUGGGCAGAGAUCCCCAUCCACAAGAGAUAUUUUUCUACCAGGACCGCUCUUGUGAUAAUGAGGUGGAUGGAGAGACCAUUCUUGGAGCAGUACAGAUUGAGUAUGUCCCAGUUGAGGAUCCUUUCCCAGUGGGCAAGAGCAGAGACAUACUUUUUGUCAAACUCUUGUGGGAUACCAAAUCCUUCAAAGCAUUGGAUCCUGAGCUUAUGCAGCCCCCUCAGAGCCCUAAAUCUCCCCCACCAUCUACACGUAGACCUCAGAUUCGGGCUCUUCCGACCCCAGACCUCUCGGUAAUGAAACGGGCCACGUCAGGCAUUCUCACCCGCGGCAGCAUGAGCACCGGCAAAAUGAGCUCCAGUGAGGCGGAGUCUCUCCACUCUGCCUCCAAACUCUCUGCAGCUAAAGCUCUUAGUGCUAAGAGGAGAAGCCGAGCCGUCUCUGGGCCACAUGUUCGCAAAAAGCUGGACUUGUGCAGUCCAAGUAAAAACAUGUCCCGAGAUGAUGUUCUGGGAGAGAUUCUUGAUGAACGUGCACAGAAAACGCUGACAUCAAAGUUGAACACGUCUCCAACGGGUCGCAUCUCCAUUUCUAUUAGAUUGUCCCCACUCAAUUGUAAUGAGGAGAGCGUCUCCCCUCUGUCCUCACACAGCCCCGAUAAACCCAGAAUGACUGCACAAGACAAAGACGAUUCCACCAGUGUCUUUCUUGGGGUGCAGCCUAUUGGGGAUGAUGAUCCAGAGCCACUUAUUAGCACAGGCAGAACUCCCAGGAAGAGAGAGGCAACCCCUAGGAAAGCAGGUCUAAGAGGCCUGAAGGCAAGAACUCCAUCCAGGAGGAAAGAUUCAGCUGCACUCAGAGAACCAGCACUGGCUGCUUUAGCUGAAGAGGAGCAUGAAGAUUCUCCCAUCCAGACUGCUGCCACUUCUCGCUCUAAGAGGAAAUCUGCCCAACUUGUGUCUUCACGCAUCAAAAAGCAGCUAAAUUUAUUAGGCAACAAGACUGACCUGCAGUCAGAUGGGGAGGAUGGUGAUGAUGAUGACUGCUUCGUACCUGCUAAAAUUGAUCUCCAGAGUAGCAGCGACGAGGAAGAGGAGGCAAAGAUCGACAGCGAAGAUGAGCUUAUAGUAAAGAAGCGUAGAGGAUCCGGAACAUCCCGGUCUGCUGAGAAAACCAGAGUCUCAGCUAGGACCCCACGUAAAACCCCCAGCAAAAAGACAGCUCCAGCCACCCCACGUACACCACGUCAUGCCACUCCCAGCAUACCCAGCAGGACCGCGCCAGCCAGGAAGCCAGGGAAUGUUCUGGAAGAAGCACGGGCACGUUUACAUGUUUCCUCUGUUCCUGAGUCUUUACCAUGUCGAGAACAAGAGUUUCAGGACAUUUACAACUUUGUGGAGAGCAAGGUCAUUGAUGGCACUGGAGGGUGUAUGUAUAUUUCUGGUGUUCCUGGUACUGGUAAAACUGCAACAGUACACGAGGUGAUCCGGUCCCUUCAGCAAUCGGCUGAACAAGAUGAAAUCCCUCACUUCCGCUUCAUCGAGAUCAAUGGCAUGAAAAUGACAGACCCACAUCAGGCUUAUGUACAAAUACUACAGAAACUGACUGAUCAAAAAGCAACACCUGAUCACGCAGCCGCACUACUGGAGAAACGCUUCAGUGCUCCCGCACCAAAAAAAGAGACCGUUGUGCUUCUAGUAGAUGAGCUUGACCUCUUGUGGACCCGUAAACAGAAUGUGAUGUAUAACUUGUUUGAUUGGCCAACAAGGCGCAAUGCUCGUCUGGUGGUCCUUACCAUCGCAAAUACUAUGGAUUUACCUGAGAGGAUCAUGAUUAACCGUGUUGCUAGUCGACUGGGACUGACAAGAAUGUCCUUCCAGCCAUAUACAUUUAAACAGCUACAACAGAUCAUCACAUCGAGACUGAACAGAGUGAAGGCUUUUGAAGAAGAUGCUCUCCAGUUAGUCUCAAGAAAGGUGGCAGCACUUUCGGGUGAUGCACGUCGUUGCCUUGAUAUCUGCAGAAGAGCCACAGAGAUUUGUGAGCACUCUGGUAGUCAGAAGAACAGCAGUGGAUUGGUGGGGAUGAGUCAUGUGAUGGAAGCUUUGGAUGAGAUGUUCUCCUCUUCCUACAUUGCAUCUAUCAGGUGUGCUUCAGUCCAGGAGCAGCUUUUUCUGAGGGCUGUUAUUGCAGAGUUUCGUCGACUGGGUCUGGAAGAAGCCACUUUCCAACAGGUGUUUGUUCAGCACCAGGCUCUGUGUCGUGUUGAAGGUUUGCAGCCGGUGAAUGUGUCUGAAGGACUGUCUGUCUGUCAAAGGCUGGGUUCCUGUCGCUUGCUUCUCCUUGAGGGAAGCCGCUUGGACCUGUUUCUCCGUAUCCGACUCAAUGUAAGUCAGGACGAUGUGCUUUAUGCAUUGAAGGCUGACUAAAACGCAGACCUACCAUGUCACAUGUUCUGACUGGCAACCUGUGUGGAUCCCCACUGGGUCUGUCCACUUUUUUGGACAUUAUGGACAGCUUUUUUUUUUCUUUUUAAAUCUUGCCUGCAGCUUCACAGUUAAAUUCUUAUGAACUGAAAGUGAGAUAUUGUCCAGAGUGUGUUCUUAAGUUAUACAAUUUUAGUGCUCAAAAUUAAAUGUUUUAAAUGUACGUUUUGUGUAUUCUAAUUAAUACCUUUUUGAUUCAGAUCAUUGUGACUUUCAGUUCACUCUUAAACGUAUUUUAGAAGAUCUUCACAACAUUUUUAUGCAUUUUAGUGUGGGAGAGCAAGACCCACACAUUUAUCAUUUCACGACUCUGUCAGGGUAAAAAAGUACAGUUUUCAUAUAAUGCACCAAAAUGUUGGAUAUUUGUCAGAUUUUAUUUUGUGUGAUGUCUUGAUACAAUAAAGCUAUUGACUGAUCAGACCAGA